CGUACCGGCCCUCAGGGGCCGCCAUGCCUCGCUUCGCGCAGCUCGUCAUGGGCCCUGCGGGCAGCGGGAAGAGUACUUACUGUUCUACAAUGGUACAGCACUGUGAAACCCUUAAUCGAUCAGUUCAGGUUGUUAACCUGGAUCCUGCUGCAGAACACUUCAAUUAUUCUGUGAUGGCUGAUAUCCGAGAGCUGAUUGAAGUGGAUGAUGUAAUGGAAGAUGGUUCUUUAAAGUUUGGUCCCAAUGGUGGUUUGGUAUUUUGCAUGGAAUAUUUUGCUAAUAAUUUUGACUGGCUUGAAAACUGCCUUGGACAUGUGGAAGAUGAUUAUAUCCUUUUUGACUGCCCAGGGCAGAUUGAACUAUAUACCCACCUGCCAGUGAUGAGACAGUUGGUUGAACAAUUACAACAGUGGGAGUUCCGUGUCUGUGGAGUUUUUCUGGUGGAUUCUCAGUUUAUGGUGGAGUCAUUCAAGUUUAUCUCUGGUGUCAUGGCAGCACUCAGCGCAAUGGUGUCUCUAGAAAUCCCUCAGGUCAAUAUUAUGACCAAAAUGGAUUUGCUGAGCAAGAAAGCUAAAAAGGAAAUAGAAAAGUUUCUUGACCCAGAUAUGUAUUCUUUAAUAGAGGAUUCUUCAGGUGUCUUAAAAAGUAAGAAGUUCAAGAAAAUGACUAAAGCUAUAUGUGAACUGAUUGAUGACUACAGCAUGGUUCGAUUUUUACCAUAUGAUCAGUCUGAUGAAGAAAGCAUGAACAUCGUCCUGCAGCAUAUUGACUUUGCUAUUCAGUAUGGAGAAGACUUGGAAUUUAAGGAACCAAAGGAAUCUGAAGAAGAUAGAUCAUCCAUGUUUGAUGAAUUUUUUCAGGACCGAGGGGAUGAAUGAGGACUUUACAAAAGUGUGAUUAUGAAAUGUGAAGAGCUUUUGGGAGCCCGGAGUUAUUUUUCCCAUAGGAAGCUGUUUGGGUCAAGGUGAUAUUGAACUUCAGUUGGAAAGAAUACUUGUUCCAAUGUGAUUUGCUCAGAUAAGUAAUCCAGAGUUCAGUAUUUAAGAGCUAACAAUCCUCCCCCAAAACCUGCAGCUUCUUAGGAACUAAAUUUUGAGUUGGAAAGAUUUGCUGCCUUUUGUGGGCAGUAAGAUUUAACCUUUUUUAUUGUUGCUUUUGCUAUAUACAUUAAAAGAAGCUGAAUUUCAGUAUUUAGGGGUUUUUUUCAUUUGUUUUUGAAAUUACCGUAAAAUUGACAUACAAGAAAGUUAGUCUUUUCCCAGCUGUUUAAAAAUCAUUCUCAGCGCUUAGAAUAGUGCUUGGCACAUAGUAAGUGCUUAACAAAUACCAUUAUUAUUAUUAUUGUUUUCUGGUCUAAUUGCACCUCCGCACCCUCCCAGCCCCCUUUUCGGGGUUGGGAGGUUGGCUGGAGCGGGGAGGGAGGCCUUCCAGUGUUUGGGCGAGUAUUUGAAGGAUGAAGUUUGUUAAAUAUGUUUUAUAAAAGCAAAACCCUUUUAUAAAAUAAAAAAUGCAAAGUUGAUUCUGAACUGUCCUUGCCCCCUUCUGGCAUUGCAAUUUUGAACUUUUUUUAAUGGUUUUUUAAAAGCUUAAUAUGGUUCAGGCACUGUACUAAGCACUGGGGUAGACUGUAAGA